CAAAAAGAAGAAGAAGAAGAACCAGCACGGAGCCCGGAGAUCGUAAACGCGCCCCACAGCACGGAGCGGAGAUCGUGAACGCGCCCCACAGCCGGAGCCACGCGCAGCGUCCACGUCACCACAGGCGGAAGCGCCGAGACCGGAGCUGUUAGCUAAAGAGUUGAGUGAGUAAAUCCCUAAACCUGCAGUGGAAUAAACUGAUUUACUGAGAAAUCCUCCCCUGACCGUUUCCACAGGGUCUUCACCACAGCGGCGGACCCUCAGUGUUUAUCUGGGGACUGUAGCUGUUCGAGUUGAGGGCGAAAUGGCUCAGUUUGAGGACGUCAUACUGAAAUCGGCACUCCAUUCCAAACCAAAGGGGCUAACGCUGCAGUAUGGCACAGCAGGGUUUCGAACCACUGCAAAACAUUUAGACCAUGUAAUGUUCCGUAUGGGUCUGCUGGCCACGCUGAGGUCCAAACGAACCAAAUCCACCAUUGGAGUCAUGGUCACAGCCUCUCACAAUCCAGAGGAGGAUAAUGGAGUGAAGUUAAUUGACCCAAUGGGGGAGAUGGUGACCCCAGACUGGGAAGGCUAUGCUACACAGUUGGCCAAUGCAGAGCAGGAUGCUCUCUGCACUGCACUGAACGACAUUAUUGAGAAGGAAUCCAUCAACAUGAGUGAAAAAGCCAGUGUCUUUAUAGGCAGAGAUACAAGACCAAGCAGUGAGAGUCUAACACAGGCUGUUUUGGAUGGAGUGUCUUGUUUGGGUGGAGAGAGUAAAGACUAUGGCCUUGUGACCACACCUCAACUGCAUUAUAUGGUCCGCUGUCGCAACACGCAUGGUUGCUAUGGUACCGACACGUUGCAGGGAUACUAUCAGAAACUAAGCCAUGCUUUUAUUGAGCUUACUAAGAAUGCCCAGAAUCACACUGAUGAUCAAAAGAGGCUGCUGCUAGAUGGAGCCAAUGGAAUUGGUGCACUGAAGAUGCGAGAAAUGGAGACAUUUUUUCAGUCUGCACUACAGGUGGCACUUUUUAAUGACUGCUGCAGUGGCAAGCUCAACCACCUCUGUGGGGCAGACUAUGUUAAAGUGCACCAGAGACCACCGCAAGGGAUGGUUAUGGAUCCAGGUCAGCGUUGCUGUUCAUUUGAUGGUGAUGCUGAUCGUAUUGUUUACUAUUUUAAUGAUUCAGCUGGAUGCUUCCAUCUGUUGGACGGAGAUAAAAUUGCUACACUGAUUAGCACAUACCUUAAAGAACUUAUAACACAGGCAGGACUGAAUCUACAGAUCGCUGUUGUACAAACUGCUUAUGCUAAUGGUAGCUCUACACGGUACUUGGAAGAUAUCAUGAAGGUCACAGUGUGUUGCACGAAGACAGGGGUAAAGCAUCUUCACCAUGCAGCUCAGGAGUUUGACAUAGGAGUUUACUUUGAAGCCAAUGGUCAUGGAACAGUUCUGUUCAGUAAACAAGCAGAGGAGCAGAUCCAGGAGCUGGCCCAAAACCCGAAUGUGAGUGAUGAGAAGAAGUGUGCAGCAAAGCUUCUAAAGAACACGGUCAACCUCAUCAACCAGGCUACAGGUGAUGCUAUUUCAGAUAUGUUGGUUAUUGAAGCUGUGUUAGCUGUCAGAGGAAUGACCGUUCAGGAAUGGGACAGCAUAUACACAGACCUGCCCAACCGCCAGCUCAAAGUCAAGGUUUCAGACAGGUGUGUGAUAGACACAACAGAUGCAGAGCGUCGUGCAGUAACUCCAGCAGGACUGCAAGAUACAAUAGACACUUUGGUAAAGAAAUACGCUAAAGCCCGAGCCUUUGUCAGACCAUCAGGCACUGAGGAUGUGGUCAGAGUCUACGCUGAAGCUGACACACAGGAGAGUGCAGAUGCCUUGGCACAUGAAGUAUGUCUGGCUGUAUACAACCUGGCUGGAGGUGUUGGAGAAGUACCUAAGCCUUUAAAGUGACCUUAAACACUAAUGUUUAUCUACUCCUUGCACUUCCAUUGCCCUGGAUAUUUUGUCACAAAUGCAUGCAUUUGCACACAAGAAACUGACACUGUCCUGUAAUUAUAUAUAAACACUCCUACCAUAAUAUUAUGAAUAUUAAGACCUCUCUGUUCUUUAAUAUACAAGACCCCAAAUGACAGCCACAGAGCUGGUAUUAUUUGGACAAGGUGAUGGUAGGUUACCCAGCAUUCACACUGAUAGGCAACAGUGAACAGUGAUUCAUGUCAACUCUUGGGGUGUGUUUGUAGCAACCUGUGGUGUCAUGUGUGGAAGUGUAUCAGCAUGCAGCUGCUUUCAUACAUGCCUCAUUUUUCUUCAAAUCUGUCUCUGUAUUUGAGCAAAUAGGCAUCAUAUAAAACAGUAAAGAAAUAAUCAGCAGCUAUAAUCCUCUCUGUUGUGUUCAGAACCACACUGCCAGGCACAUGAAUGAAGUACGGUAGAGGUUAAAGGUCCAAAAUCGGUCUGAUUGGUCCAAAGAACAGUGCCGCUUUAUUGCAACAUACUUUAUUUGAGUACUUUGUCACCGUGUCGCAGCUACAAAACACUCCCUCCCAUAGGAUAUGAAUUAUUGUCACUCUGUUGCCUGCCAGUGUGAGUUGUCAACAUUAUGACUGGAUCAGAUGCAGUAGUGCUGCUCGAGUUUAUAACACUGUCAUCUCACAGUCCACUCUAUUAUACACUCCUACCUACCAAGAUUACCUUGUAGAUGUAAAUUUACACUUAUCUGUUGCUGCACAGAUUGUGUUGUUUAUCCUUAAGUCCCUAAUCAGUGGCCAUGGGAUGCUAUUAAUUGCAUAUUUCUGUACGGUGGUAUGGUAUGGUGGAUUCUCAGUCCAGCAGUGAAACUGAGGAGAUUAAUGCCACUUGUAUCGGUAAAACAUGCCUCCUGGUGCCUUAGUCUGAUUGCAGGGCUGAGAAUGAGCUAGCACACAAAUAAUAGUCCCAUGGGGUAUUGGCCAUUAAGAAACAGAGUAAAAAUAGGAUUAUAUGCAGAGAAACAAAAGAACUGCAGUAUGUAAUUAUAGGUGCUGAUGAGUGUAGUAACAAAGAUAUGUUCAUAAUGUGCUGAUUUGAGUGUGUACACCAAAUUUAUUAUGACUGCAUAGGUUAUCAGUCCUCUGGUCCAAUCACUGGACCAAAGGACCUUCAAUUGCUCCAAAAUCCUGUUUUAGCAGACCAGACCACAGUCAGUAGAUACUCACUAUUGAUAUCCAUAAAGUCUUAUAAGCCUUGCGUUUUUAAGAUUCCCUGCCAAAGUGGUGGAUGUUGCUCAGGUCUUUACACCUGCUAAUUCUACUGUUUGCUUACAGUUGAACAAUAAGUCUGGACAUGUGCUGUUCUUGCAAGAUAAUACAAAUCAUGAUCAUAUUUUAUCAUUUGAGUUAUUGUUUACAUUAAGGGGCCUUGAAAAGGGAGAUUGUAAGGUUGUUGCUACAUAUCUGUGUAUAAUCCUAAACUAGGAUCUAAUUUGUAAUUGUAUAAUUGGGAUCCACUUUUCUUAGCUUUCAGCAUUCCUAGACUAAACAAUCAUUUUUUUAUCAGUGAAAAGUUGAUUUUGCUUUUAUGUGCCAAAAUCAUAAUUGUAAUAAUCUGUACAUGACCAUGUAAUGUGACUGGGUGGGGCUUAAUUGCUGUGGACUGAAUGUGUGGAUAUAAAAAUGCUCCAUUACAGGGGCUUAAAAAUUGUCUGCUUUUGCAUAUUUCCAAUUAAAAUGAAUUGACUUGGAAUAUUACACAUUUUUAUAUAAACAUUGGGUUUUUUUUUCAAGGGUAUACAAUAAAUCAUAACGUGAAGAAAAUGGAAAUAAAGCACCUAGUCUUACUGUUCAUA